AUCAUGGCUUCUCAGCUUCUCAGGCUAGCAGAAGAGUCUGAUGCAAACCCUGAGGAGUCUGAACUGGCUGUGAAUCCCUUUGAUGGGCUUCCUUUCUCUUCCCGCUACUAUGAGCUGCUUGAACAGCGCCGAGCCUUGCCCAUCUGGGCUACUCGCUUCACCUUCUUGGAGCAAUUGGAAAGUAGCCCCAGUGGAGUGGUCCUGGUGUCUGGAGAGCCUGGAUGUGGCAAAAGCACCCAGAUCCCUCAAUGGUGUGCAGAGUUUGCGCUGGCCAGGGGCUUUCAGAAGGGCCAGGUCAUUGUCACUCAGCCCUACCCUCUGGCAGCCCUGAGCCUGGCCCAGCGGGUUGCUGACGAGAUGGACCUGACCCUGGGCCACGAGGUUGGAUACAGCAUCCCCCAGGAGGACUGCACCGGGCCAGACACCCUGCUCAGGUUCUGCUGGGACAGGCUGCUUCUGCAGGAGGUGGCCUCAACUCGGGGUGCUGGAGCCUGGGAUGUGCUUGUGCUGGAUGAGGCUCAGGAGCGGUCAGUGGCCUCAGAUUUGCUCCAAGGGCUGUUGCGAGAUACCAGGCUUAGAAACCUGCCUGGGGAUCCCAGAAUGGUUGUGAUUACUGACCCAGCUCUUGAAUCCAAGCUCCACACUUUCUGGAGCCAUUCUCCUGUUGUGCAUGUACCCAGUGAACCUGGGGGUCAUCCCACCCCCAUCUACCGGGACACUGUCCCUACUGAUCGAGUGAGAGCUGCCUGCCAAGCUGUGCUGGAAUUGUGUCGAGAGGAGACUCCAGGAGAUGUUCUAGUAUACCUGCCCAGUGAGGAGGAAAUUUCUCUGUGCUGUGAAUCAUUGUCCAAAGAAGUGGGAACCUUAGUUUUCCGAGGGCCUCCACCACAGGUGCUGCCCCUCCACCCAGGCUGUGGGCAGGCUGUUCAGGAUGUGUAUGAGGACAAGGACUUGAGUGCUCGAAAAGUCGUGGUCACCCAUUGGCUGGCUGACUUCUCCUUCUCCCUCUCUUCUGUGCAACAUGUCAUUGACUCAGGACUGGAACUUCGAAGUGUUUACAACCCUCAGAUCCGAGCAGAAUCCCAAGUUUUGAGGCCAAUCAGCAAGUGUCAGGCAGAGGCGAGACAACUGCGGGCAAGAGGCUCCCCACCAGGAUCCUGCCUCUGCCUGUACCCUAAGUCCUUCCUAGAGCUAGAUUUCCCCCCGCUGCCCCAACCCAGGCUGUGUGAGGAGAACCUGAGCCCCCUGGUGUUACUGCUGAAAAGAAGACAGAUUGCAGAACCAGGGGCCUGUCAUUUCCUGGACCGGCCUUCUCCAGAAGCGCUGAUGCAGGCCCUGGAAGAUUUAGACUAUCUGGCAGCCCUGGAUGAUGAUGGAAACCUGUCAGACCUGGGAAUCAUCAUUUCAGAAUUCCUACUGCCCCCAGAGCUGGCCAAAGCCUUAUUGGCCUCAUGCGAGUUUGACUGUGUGGAUGAGAUGCUCACCCUCGCUGCCAUGCUCACUGCUGCCCCUGGGUAUACCCAUCCUCCCCGCUGUGCAGAGGAAGCUGCCUUGCGUCGGGCCCUGGAACACGCUGAUGGAGAUCACAGCUCUCUGAUCCAGGUGUAUGAAGACUUUAUACAGAAUGGAGCAGACAAGGCUUGGUGCAAGGCUCGGGGUCUGAACUGGGCAGCAUUGUGCCAAGCCCAAAAACUUCGAGGAGAACUCCUAGAACUCAUGCAACGGAUUGAACUUCCCCUGUCACAGCCAGCCUUUGGCUCUGAGCAGAAUCGCAGAGACCUUCAGAAAGCACUAGUGUCAGGAUACUUUCUUAAGGUGGCCCGAGACACAGAUGGAACUGGAAAUUACCUGCUCUUAACCCACAAACACGUGGCCCAGUUGUCCCCCUACUGCUGCUACCGAAGCCGUCGGGCUCCAGCCAGACCUCCACAAUGGGUGCUUUAUCACAACUUCUUCAUUUCCAAAGACAACUGCCUUUCCAUUGUUUCUGAGAUUCAACCACAGAUGUUGGUAGAGUUGGCCCCUCCAUAUUUCCUGAGUAACUUGCCCCCCAGUGAGAGCCGAGACCUGCUGAACCAGCUGAGGGAUGAAAUGGCAGAUUCUUCAAAAGAGAAAGAACCCUCUUCCACCCAAGAGUUUGGAGAUCCUUGUGUCCUGCAGUGACCUACCUAAGGAAUGGAACUGAGCUCAACUCAUCACAUUUGAUUCCCCUUCAGGCUAGCACCAAGCCUGCCAACCAGAUUUAGAAACCCAAAGUUUAGGGGAAGAUGUAAUGCCUGGAACCUGAGUCCCAACAAAUGGUGGACUAGUAGAGGAAACAGGGUAAGCUAGUCUACACAGGCUAUGAACCUAGCCUUAGCCUUGGCCUUGAUUUAUUUAUUGGAGAGAAACUGGCAUGCCCUCCUCCCCACAGGCAUAGAUCCAACUUAUGCCAGAUCCAUCCUUGUACUGCCUUUUGGUCUAUAAAAUCUGUUUUGUAGCACCAUGGACGUGCCAAUUUUGAGUUUGGUUUUGUAGCAUCAUAUACAACGGCUGAGAGUUAGAGAUAAAAACCUAUGAAAGAUUCGAAACUGGGGUGGAAAAUAAAAAGAAAAGAAAAAAGGGGGUGUGUGGUGGCACACCUGGUUAAGUGCAGUGAUACAAUGCACAAGGACCCAGGUUCAAGUCCUCAGUCCCCACCUUAAGAGGAAAGCUUCAUGAGUAGUGAAGUAGAGCUGCAGAUGUCUCUCUCCCUUUCUAUCUCCUCCUACCCUCUCAAGUUCUGGCUGUCUCUAUCCAACAAAUAAAGAUAAUUUACAAAAUUUUAAAAAAAGAAAAGAAAUAGGAAGAGUGGUCCAGG